AUGGAUUCCGCAAGCACAGAAAAGGCAGAAGUGUCGAGAGUGGAGAAUACUAGCCGAGCCCCAAGCACCCCAACAGGUCAAGAACUGCGAGACCAUCCAAAGACAUGGAAUCGGAGCCUCAAGCUGAUGGUCCUGGCCAACCUUUGCUUCAUGGCCGGUAUUUCUGCUGGGUUGACCCCUCUCGUAUACGACUUUCACAGCAACUAUGACAAGGCCAGUGAUAUCGUCGCGUACUCUGUGCUAUGCAUUGGCCUGGGCUCAUUCAUAUGGAUUCCGACCGCUGUGGUGAUUGGGAAACGACCCGUCCUGCUAGCAUCUCAGAUAAUGUUCAUGGCUGGAUGUAUUUGGUGCUCGCAAGCAGAGUCAAUGAAUAGCCUUCUCGGGGCGCGAAUCCUCGGUGCCUUCGGUGCUGGAGCAGUCCAAGCUGUUGGUCCUGCUGUCGUAGGAGAAAUAUUCUUGGAGAAGAACUACUCUAAAGCAAUGGGCUUGUACGCAGUGAGUCUCUGUAUCGGAGCUCAGGGCGGACCUCUUAUCGCAGGCCACCUGAUCGAAGCCAAAGGAUGGAGUUGGUUUUUUAUCCUCCUCGCUAUUCUUAGCGGUUUCAACUUUCUUACGCUAGCUUUCUUCUGCCCAGAGACUGCUUUCAAUGUCGAGAUUGAGGCGGGCGCUACUAGUGCUGAUGUCGACGCCGAUAUUCUUGACCAGACCACCGGGUUUGGUCGCACCCAGAGCUCGCUCACAACAUGGAAGCAGAACUCUUUUUAUUUGAGACACCCGCACGUGAGAGGUGGUGGCUUGAGGCAAUGGUUUCUUUCGUUCUUGCUGCAGAUCGAAUUCAUGUUCGAUCCCAUCGUGAUUCUCUCUGCGGGUAUGUGGGGAAUUGUGUUAGCUUGGGUCGCAACUAUCUCAGUCAUCUCCAACCAACUGUUCGCGAUGCCCCCCUUCCUCUGGGGUCCUGCUGAACUGGGCAAUUGGGCAUGCACGAGUCUAGUCGGUGUAGCCAUUGCCUUUCCCAUUGCUGGACCCUUGACCGACACCGUCUCCUCGUUUAUCGGCCGCCGAAAGGGCAAACAUAUGCCUGAAUACCGACUCAUCACUCUGGUGGUCCCAUUCCUGUUCUCUUCAUCAGGUUUGUUGCUGUUUGGCUAUACAUACACAAAGGGGUCUUAUGUAGGGCCAGCAGUUGGUUACGCCAUGCAAGCUGCUAGCCUUAUGCUCAUCCCCACCUCUGUUCUGUCCUACGGUAUCGAUAGCUACCCUUACGAUGCGGCUGAGGUAACUGCCUUGAUGAAUGCCGUCACCCAUAUCAUUCCUUUCGGGCUGACGAAGACGGCUUCCAAUUGGCUUGCCAAGGUCGGUGUGGAGAAGAUGUUUCUGCAAAUGGCGAUCAUUCAGUGGGCAUUGCUAGCUGGCUUUACCAUUGUGCUGCUGGUAUUCGGACCGUGGAUUCGUGUCAAGGCCGCUUAUGUUCACCAUCAUUAUGGCGCCAAGAGAUUUCUAUAG